AUGGCAGCGACUGUGCGCAACACCGCCGUCAAGCGCAUCCAGGGCGAUGUGCGUGAAAUGAUGACGAAUCCAAGCGACCAAUACACGGCAUCGCCGCUCGAGACCAAUAUGUUUGACUGGCACUUUACACUACGUGGACCACACGACACGGAGUUUGAGGGUGGAAUCUACCACGGCCGCAUCAUUCUACCGUCCGACUACCCGUUUAAACCACCCAAUAUUAUAUUACUUACGCCUAAUGGUCGCUUUGAAGUAAAAAAGAAAAUUUGUCUCAGUAUUUCAGCGUAUCAUCCAGAAGAGUGGCAACCAGCGUGGGGCGUCCGGCUCAUUUUAGAGGCUUUAAUUAGCUUUAUGCCUACAAAGGGUGAAGGCGCGAUUGGUGCUUUGGACUUUUCUGCUGAUGAACGGAAACGAUUGGCGAAGUUGUCCAUUAACUACAAGUGCGAAACCUGUGGACGAGUUGCAGAUUUGCUGCCAGAGCUGAAAUUAGAGAAUGAACAUGAAAAAACCCCAUCGAAGUACAUGGAACAAAUUGCUCAGUUGCACAUGCACAGUCUAGAAAGUGCUUCACCUUCUAGAGCUGCGAAGGACGAAAAAGAGGCCGAGAAUGUCACUGUUGAGGAUGGGGAACAUGUAGAAGAGGCUAAAACGACUUUUGUUGAUGCACAUAAUAGUGCUGAAACCCAAGAGGAGGUCCCGGUGGAUAGCAAACCCGCAUCGAUGAAAAAGGAUCCAAGUAUAGAUGCUGAUGGUUCUACUUCCACGCGAGAUACAGUUUCAGCACUGGCUGAGGAGUCAGCAGAAAUGCCGGCAGUGACCCAGCGUCAUCAGAACGUAGACACACCGAUUGCUGCUCAUGAUAUUGUUCAAGUGCGCGGGUCGGACAGCGUGGACACAUUGCUACACUACCUGACUGUUGCUAUCGUCAUUGCGCUGUUUGCACUGAUCUACAAAAAGCUUUUGCAAACGUAUGGAGUGCUACAGUAG